UUAGUAAGCUAAGCUACAAUCUUUUGUUCCUUGAUUUGCCAUUCUGCAGGUAAAAACACCACUGUGAAGACAAGGUACACAGUGAUGUCAAAGGAGAUUCUUGACAAGUAUCCAGAGUUGGCCACGGAGGGUUCCCCAACCAUAAAGCAGAAGCUUGAAAUAGCGAACCCAGCAGUGGUAGAGAUGGCUACGAGGGCGAGCCUUUGCUGCAUCAAGGAAUGGGGAAGGGCAGCUGAAGACAUCACCCACAUGGUGUAUGUUUCCUCAAGUGAGAUAAGGCUACCAGGUGGUGACCUUUACCUGGCAAACGAGCUUGGUCUGAGGAGUGACAUUGGGCGUGUGAUGCUCUACUUUCUAGGCUGCUACGGUGGUGUCACAGGGCUGAGAGUGGCCAAGGACAUUGCAGAGAACAACCCUGGUAGCAGGGUUCUGGUGACAACCUCUGAGACCACCAUUCUUGGGUUCAGACCCCCCAACAAGGCCAGGCCUUAUGAUCUUGUGGGGGCUGCACUGUUUGGUGACGGAGCUGCAGCGGUGAUAGUUGGAGCCAACCCUGUGGUGGGUCAAGAGUCUCCCUUCAUGGAACUGAGCUAUGCAGUGCAGAAGUUUGUGCCCGAGACACACAGUGUGAUUGAUGGGAGACUCUCUGAAGAGGGCAUAAACUUCAAACUUGGAAGAGACCUUCCUCAGAAAAUUGAAGACAACAUAGAAGAGUUCUGCAGGAAGCUGAUGGCGAAAAGCAGUGUGAAGGAGUUCAAUGAUUUGUUCUGGGCUGUUCACCCCGGAGGGCCUGCGAUUCUGAACAAGCUUGAGAGUACUCUGAAGUUGAGCAGUGAGAAGUUAGAGUGCAGUAGGAAGGCACUUAUGGACUAUGGGAAUGUUAGCAGCAACACUAUAUUCUAUGUGAUGGAGUACAUGAGGGAGUUUCUGAAAGAUGGUGCUCAAGAAUGGGGCUUGGGACUCGCAUUUGGUCCCGGAAUUACUUUUGAAGGCCUUCUCCUGCGCAGCCUCUGAUCUUAAUCAUGCUGCUCUUUCUUCGCUGCUUUAGAAUUGAAAUUGAAAUUUCAAAUAAAGUUUCGUCUACCCAAAUACUCUCUCAAUAUCAAUACACACAAAUAUAUUAUGAAAAAUA